UGCUGAAUCUCUUGUGAAGACGUCUGUAGUAUCCGUGCUGGGCUAAUAUAUUCUCAGAGCCAGAAGAUGUCAGGACAGCAGAGCGAGGAUGAAGGGGAUUCCGCUCACCAGCCCUUUCCAGACACACGUGAAGGACAGAAGUCCCCGGCGUGUCCGGGAAGCCUCAGCCGAUGUGUUGCGGUGCAGACGGAGUGUGGAAAGCAAGAUGCAGAGACAAUUACAGACAUUGAUGCAGAAGAGGUUCUGAAAGAGCUUAUAAGCCACAGGGAGCAGUUGAAGGAUAAUUACCAAGUGGUUCUGGACAGACAGAUCCAGGCGGAAAAACAGCUUCAGGUUCAACUCAAACAGCUGAAGCAAAAGAAGGAGGAGGAGAUUCAGCGACAUCAGGAUGCCCUAAAGGCCAUCCAGGAUGUUGCUGUGAAACGGGAAGAAACCAGAAAGAGGACAGAGAAAGACAAGAAGGAGCAUUGUCAGAAAGAACAGGAUCUUAACUCCGAACUGGAGAAGAUGCAGUCAAAGAGUGAACGGCUACAACAGGAGCGCGAGGAACUGGAAAAGAAGAUUGUAUCUCUACUGGCAGAGCAGACAAAGGAGAAGGAAGAGUGGGAGUCUGAAUUGGCCUCGUUAAAGAAGCAGGAGGAUAAGAUCACGCAGAGUGUCCAGGAGGAGAAUGACCGUGCAGUGAGAGCUGAGGUUCUUUCCCUGGAGAGUCGGCGAGACCUUUUACUCAUUUCAUUAGAAGAUGCGGAGAACGAAGCAGACGUCACGCUUUCCUGCCUCAGGGUUGCCACCCCCACCCUAGAGUGGAUCCAGCUAAAGCAGAAGUGGGAGGCCAGAUUAGCCGGGAUCCAGCAGAUAAAAGCCAAUCUUCGGGAACAGUUUGACUCCCAGAUUCAGCAAGUAAGAAAUGGAUGUAAACUUACAAGCCUCCCAUCAAUUAUGGCUCCCAGUCUACCUCCUCCACCCUCUGAUACAAACCUCAUGUUGCAGAGGAUUGCCCUGAGUCCUCUUCAGAUGCCCCAUGUCGCAGCGCCAUUCCAGCCAUCUGUACCGUACACCCUCCCCAAGCAAUCUCAGCUUCCGAGUGCCCUCCCAUGCCAACCCUCGCCUCCUCUGCCACACAUCCCUGGACCUUUUUCUAGUGCAACGCCUGCGGUACCCAGAGCAGCAAGUACUACUCCCUUCCAGACGACCACUAAUGAUCAUUCAGCUGUUCCUCCUGCAGCGGACAAGCUGAGCAAAAUCCUGGAAAAACUGCAAGCCAGAUUCCCGCAAUGCAGCAAAGCUCAGCUCACUGGGGUCAUGCAGCAGAUUAAGAUGGCUCGUGGAACGCUCUCUGGGCUCACUGUGGAGGAACUCUGCAAGCUUGUGGCUAACAGACUAGUAGAAACACAGGAUCUAGCAACCAACGUCACAUUACCUCCUCGAAACGGUAGGUCGGGGUUUCAUACACCCCAAGGAACGGCUUCAUUCGGACCCUCAUCCCCAAGUGCAUAUUUGGGGCAGCCACUACAGCUUUCUGCUCCUUGCAAGCUGUGUCUUAUAUGCCAGCAGAUCGUUCAUCCCACUGAUCUUAAACCAAUGUCUUGCAAUCACGUCAUGCACCAGAAGUGUAUUUCUUUCUGGGCUUCAACAAACCAAAAUGCUUCCUGCCCUUUCUGCCCCAGAGAUAAACCAUGAUUAAAAUGGACACAGAGACCAUCGGCUAACUCAUGAUACAGUUCGUAAUGUUCCCACGUGGCAUUUUGUACAUAGAAUGCUGUGUUCAGAAUGUUUUGUACAUAUUUUCCCUGAUUAAAAAUCAUAUUGUAGGUCUGCA